UGUUUAAACUCUUUCUCGCGUUCCAAAUGCGUUGUGUAGCUGUGAAAUCUGCACUACUAAUCCCAUGUAACAUUUGAAAGGCAUGUGCCGUUUAAAUACCGAGUUUCCUUUUCAAAAUAAUCGUCUCAGCAGAUUGUCGGUUUAUGUCUGAUUUCGGUGAUGACGGUUUAAACGAAGCACAGCAUCAUGGAUGAGGACAGUAAACCGUUACUAGGAUCAGUGCAAGCUGGGGAGUAUUACACGGACUCACUGGACCCCAAGCAAAGAAGACCGUUCCAUGUGGAGCCCAGGAAUAUUGUGGAGGAUGAUGGUCAGGAGAGGGUGUCCGCUGAAGCUGCGGUGCUGAGCAGUAGAGUUCAUUACUACGGCCGUCUGACAGCCUCUUCAGACAGACUGCUGGCACCUCCAGACCAUGUGAUUCCUUCUCCUGAGGACAUCUAUAUCUACAGUCCACUAGGAACAGCGUUCAAAGUGCAGGGAGGCGACAGCACUAUCAAAAACCCCAGCAUUGUCACAAUCUUUGCCAUAUGGAACACUAUGAUGGGAACAUCUAUAUUAAGUAUACCAUGGGGAAUAAAACAAUCUGGUUUCACUCUGGGCAUCAUCAUCAUUGUUCUUAUGGGCCUGCUGACACUCUACUGCUGCUACAGAGUAUUAAAGUCCACAAAGUCCAUACCUUAUGUGGAUACCUCAGACUGGGAGUUUCCUGAUGUGUGUAAAUAUUACUUUGGGGCAUUUGGAAAAUGGUCGAGUCUCUUCUUCUCACUGGUGUCACUGAUUGGAGCGAUGGUGGUCUAUUGGGUUCUCAUGUCUAACUUCCUGUUCAAUACAGGGAAAUUCAUUUACAACUAUGUUCACAAUGUCAGCACAUCAGAUACUUUUGGUACAAAUGGAACAGAUAGAGUGAUAUGCCCAUAUCCAGAUGUGGAUCCAGACAGGAACAGCAGCAUUCUCCUGUACUAUGCGAGUGAGAACAGCACUGGUCAUGUGUUUGAUCUCUGGUGGAGCAAAACCAACACCAUCCCGUUUUACCUCAUUGUUCUGCUGCUGCCGCUGCUCAAUUUCCGCUCGGCUUCUUUCUUCGCCAGGUUCACUUUCCUAGGCACUAUAUCGGUGCUCUAUCUCAUCUUUUUGGUCACAUAUAAAGCCAUUCGACUGGGCUUUCACCUGGAGUUCCACUGGUUCGAUUCAUCCAAGUUUUUUGUUCCAGAGUUCAGAUCACUGUUUGCUCAGCUGAGCGGGGUUCUCACAUUAGCAUUUUUCAUUCACAACUGCAUCAUCACGCUUAUGAAGAACAACAAACAUCAAGAAAACAAUGUGCGGGAUCUGUCCUUGGCUUACCUGCUGGUGGGAUUGACAUACCUCUAUGUGGGAGUGCUGAUCUUUGCUGCUUUCCCAUCACCACCGCUGUUUAAAGAGUGCAUUGAACCAAACUUCCUGGAUAACUUUCCCAGCAGUGAUAUCCUAGUGUUUAUAGCGAGGACCUUCCUUCUGUUCCAGAUGACCACUGUGUAUCCUCUGCUCGGGUACCUGGUGCGCGUGCAGCUCAUGGGCCAGAUCUUUGGGGACCAUUACCCAGGUUUCUUUCAUGUCUUUUUACUGAACAUCCUUGUUGUCGGAGCUGGAGUUCUGACGGCCAGGUUUUACCCCAACAUUGGCUCCAUCAUCAGGUAUUCGGGGGCCAUCUGUGGCCUGGCUCUAGUGUUUGUGCUUCCCUCUCUGAUCCACAUGGUGUCACUCAGACGCAGAGGUGAGUUACGCUGGCCCUCCGCGCUCUUCCAUGGCUUUCUCAUCCUGCUCGGAGUGGCUAAUCUGUUCGGACAGUUCUUCAUGUGACACGCUGGGCCUUAAAUCAAUCGCACACCCUCUGGUUUCUCGGGCUGAUUUUCACAGGAAUUAAGUCCUGGUAGUACUAACCUACUAAACGAGUACAUGUGAAUUUCAUACAAGAAACUCACUCAAAGGCACCAAACAUCUAAGUUUUUGACAUUUUAACUGCUCUUAAUAGCUCAAAACAAGCUAUUUCAGCAGGGAUUCAAUCAUUUAAAAAAAAAUGUUAUUGUAUUUUUCUUCCUAAUAAUUGUCAUGCUUUUUCAUCAAGACUCUGAAUUUAAAACGUUUAGUUAAAUGUGGAGUGAAGACACUUUUGUUACAUAUGAUGAGCAGAUGAUUAUUACUGGAACUGAACUGAACGCCAGUGAAUUCUGCCUAACAUCACUGCUGGAAUGUGCUUCAAAUUUUUCACAAGUUCUCAAAUUAGACACGGAUGAAGUGGACGUGCAACAGAAAUGCAACUCGAAGCUCUUCCAGACCCAGUCCUCACUGUGACAGUGUUGUGAAUGCUCUUGUAUUGGUGUACUGAAACGUAACUUGCGUAAUUAAUGGAUACAAAAAGGGAAUCAAAAGUCUCUAGACUACAGACAAACAUUUCCUGAUGACUGUUUUUUGCUGAUAUUGCAGUGUUUGUCAUUCUCCAGCUGAAUCUGAGCGUACUGAUGCAUUCUGUGUGUUCAUCUCACUUUAUGAAAUAGGUGCACAACAAUAAGGGAAGCUUAAAUUUGCACACUUUUGUGAGAUUCCAAAGCUUAAGUCACUUUUAAGCAUUUCUGUCACUUUCUGUCUUAUGUUCUUGUGUAUUUUUUUUUUAAACAAUUAAAUUUAAGUGACAUUG